AGACAUGACGAAAGCCUUUGACAGAGUACCACAUACAGAACUCUUGAUGAAGCUGGAAUCAUACGGUAUCUCCGGCAAACUGCACACUUGGUUCUCAUCAUAUCUUGCAGCUCGCUCACAGUCAGUAAUGGUUGGGGAAUUUAUGUCACUUCCUAAACCAGUCAAAAGUGGCGUAAUACAAGGUAGCCUUUUAGGCCCUCUACUUUUCCUGCUCUAUAUCAAUGACGUGUUCCAGGUUUUCAAACAUGGGACACCCUACCUAUUUGCGAACGAUAUCAAAAUUGUCUUCCUAUUUCAUCCGUCAAACUUCCACAACGCCACCUCCCAUAUACAGUACGACUUAAGAGCGCUAACUGCAUGGUGCGACAUAUGGAAGUUGGCAUUCACACCAUCAAAAUGCAAUGUCUUUACGUACCGAUGCACCAUGCCUCCCAAUACCUUAAUGCUGCAAGGCACGCCAUAAGGGAACUGCCUAACAGUGCGUGACGUAGGCGUGCGCUACUCCUGUUCGCUGAACUUCGCGGAACAAGUAGUUUAUCCCGCAGCUAAGGCACGCUCUCUCAUCGGAUACCUCCUCAAAGCCAUGACAAUACAGGAAUCUAGAACAGUGCUCUACAAAACUUGUGCCCCGCCUCUGCUAGAAUACUGCUCUAUAGUAUUCACCAACCUUAGAAAAUGCGACGGAAUGGCCCUCGAAAAGGUUCAGUGUACCUUCACAAAACCCAUCCUGCGGCACUCAAGCCUAAGCUACCGUGAUCGGUGCAACACACUUAAGCUAGAACCGUUAUGGCUGCGCCGAUUAAAAACCAACCUCGCUUUCC